AUGCGUAUUCCUGUAGACCCGAGCACCAGCCGCCGCUUCACACCUCCCUCCACGGCCUUCCCCUGCGGCGGCGGCGGCGGCGGCGGCGGCGGCAAGAUGGGCGAGAACAGCGGCGCGCUGGGCGCGCAGGCGGCCGUGGGGCCCGGCGGGCGCACCCGACCCGAGGUGCGCUCGAUGGUGGACGUGCUGGCGGACCACGCGGGCGAACUCGUGCGCACCGACAGCCCCAACUUCCUCUGCUCCGUGCUGCCCUCGCACUGGCGCUGUAACAAGACGCUGCCCGUCGCCUUCAAGGUGGUGGCUCUGGGGGACGUGCCAGAUGGAACGGUGGUGACGGUGAUGGCGGGCAACGAUGAGAACUACUCCGCUGAGCUGCGCAACGCCUCGGCCGUCAUGAAGAAUCAGGUGGCCAGGUUCAACGACCUUCGCUUCGUGGGCCGCAGUGGGCGAGGGAAGAGUUUCACACUGACCAUCACCGUGUUCACCAACCCCACGCAAGUGGCCACCUACCACCGAGCCAUCAAGGUGACUGUGGAUGGACCCCGGGAGCCCAGACGGCAUCGACAGAAGCUGGAGGACCAGACCAAGGCGUUCCCCGACCGCUUCGGGGACCUGGAGCGCCUGCGCAUGCGGGUGACGCCGAGCACGCCCAGCCCCCGUGGCUCGCUCAGCACCACCAGCCACUUCAGCAGCCAGGCCCAGACCCCCAUCCAAGGCACCUCCGACCUGAACCCUUUCCCCGACCCCCGCCAGUUUGACCGCUCCUUCGCAGCGCUGCCGACCCUCCCGGAGAGCCGCUUCCCCGACCCCCGGAUGCAUUACCCAGGGGCCAUGUCGGCCGCCUUCCCCUACAGCGCCACACCCUCGGGCACGAGCAUCGGCAGCCUCAGCGUGGCCAGCAUGCCGGCCACCGGCCGCUUCCACCACACCUACCUCCCACCGCCCUACCCGGGGGCCCCGCAGAACCAGAGCGGGCCCUUCCAGGCCAGCCCUUCCCCCUACCACCUCUACUACGGCGCAUCCUCCAGCUCCUACCAGUUCUCCAUGGUGGCUGGCAGCAGCAGCGCUGGCGACCGCUCGCCCACCCGCAUGCUGGCCUCCUGCCCCAGCAGCGCCGCCUCUGUCGCCACCGGCAACCUCAUGAACCCCAGCCUGGGUGGCCAGAGCGACGGCGUGGAGGCCGAUGGCAGCCACAGCAACUCGCCUACCGCCCUGAGCACGCCCGGCCGCAUGGACGAGGCCGUGUGGCGGCCCUACUGACCGCCCGGGUCCAAGUGGACUGCUCCCGCUGGUGGCGGGGACCCCAAGAACCUUCCAGACAAGUGGCGGGCCCAGCUCCAAGGCUCAGGGCACUCAUGAGACUUAACGCUUCACGGCAGCUGUGGGCCCAGGGUUCAUGGUCCUGGGGCCCAGAGCUGGUAGCUGGCUCUGAGAGCAUCUGGUCCAGCCACGUCUUUGUACAGAGGGGUCGGGAGCUCCCCCAGGACCCCACCCCUAGCCCAGAUCCUACUCAUCUCAUCCCACGUCCCUGUGCGAGAAGCAGCCUCCUCCUGCCACCCCCCCGGGAUGACCUGGCUGUCCCCAGCUAUGCCCACUGCUGUCACGGGGCCCAGGCCUCCUGGGACAGAGACCAUCUCUGUUCUAGGGCGAGGCAGCACUUGCCCACAUGGUUUGGCCUCUUAUCCUCGGGACCCUAGAAAGACCUCCCCACCCUUGCCUUCCUCAGAGACCCCACACCCUGUGGGCCCAGCCCUCCCUCUGCAUUUACACAAGUUUAGUCACAACUGGAAGGUCCCCCA